AUGGGGUGCAGGCGGGGCCGUGGGGCUAUUGACGCGGUGGCCUGCCUCGUGCAAACAGUGCACGAGGGAUGGACUCAAAAGCUUCUCACAGGCACUAUCUUUAUUGACGUUAUGGGGGCCUUCGACCAUGUUGACCCCUAUAAGCUUAGUGAGGCUAUGGAAGCUGCAGGCCUGGAUAAUGACCUUAUAAGGUGGACCUUAUCCUUCCUUACAAAUAGAAGGGUCAGCCUCGUAAUUGACGGUUAUAAAGCCCCUGAACAGCCUAUUGACUCAGGGCUGCCCCAGGGCUCACCGGUCUCCCCAAUCCUCUUUCUUAUCUAUAUCCGGGGUGUGUUUCAGGCUAUGGAACAGCAGGUGCCAGGGAUCAAGGCCCUGUCCUAUGCCGAUGACAUAGGCCUGGUAGCCCAGGGAAGCUCGGUCUCUGAGAUCUGCAGGCAGCUAGAAGCAGCGGCAAAAGCUGCUACUGAGUGGGGACUGGCAAAUAGCGUCAAAUUCGACCCUAAAAAGACAGAGGCCAUCCUAUUCUCUAGGGCCACCAGCAGGGAACAUAAAAAUCAGGUCCAGGAAGCUAGGGUGCAGGUAGGAGACGCUUUAGUGGCAUUCUCCCCAACAGCCAUCCGGUGGUUAGGGGUCUUACUAGAUCCAAAGCUUACCCUCAAAGCCCACUAUAAGUACCGCCUGCAAAAAGGUCAAAAUACUGAAAGACGAGUGCGGGCACUGUGCAAGGCCCAGGGGCUCCCCCCAGGCCUGGCAUGGCGAAUCCAAAAGGCCACCGCGCAGUCAGUGGCGCUUUAUGGGGCCGAGCUUUGGUGGCAUGGGCAAAAGAACUGCCUAGAAGGACUGCAGGGCCUAAUUAAUAACCAGGCCCGGGCAGUCACAGGCAUGCUGAAGUCCACCCCAUUAGGACCGCUUAUAAGGGAGGCAGCUUUGGAACCAGCAGAGGCCCUAUUAGAUAGUAAACAGCGGCGGUAUGCCCUGAGACUCCUAGGACUUCCCCAGGGGCAUCCAGCAGCAGAAAUACUCCCCAUAACGCUUAGGGAGGGAGACGCCCAUGCACAGCCUGGAGAGCAGCCGCUAGAAGACCGAGCUUGGGCAACACCAACCCGCCGAGGCCCCUGGAAGCUGGGCAUGGGCCUGGCCCGCAGGCUACGAGAGGCCUUGACCGCCGACCCCUCCCAGGGCUUUGAGCGUACAAUAGAGCCUGGUAAUAGGUCUAUACCACUAGAUUUCAGGAUAGACUCCCCUGAAACCGCUAUGCAAUUAGCCUCAGACCCCCUAAGUGGGAUAGGGAACACCGACCUUUACUCAGACGGUUCUAGGUUAGACGAUCAGCGCGUAGGCGCUGCAGUAGCUUAUAAGCCACUUAUUGGCCCCUGGAGGUCGCGCCUAGCUCCCCUGGGCGCAGGCUUCGAAGUCUUUGAUGCAGAACUAAUAGGAGUAGUCGAAGCCCUAGAGUGGGCGCUGGCAGAGAAUCUUAUAGGGCCAAUUAGGGUGUUUUUAGACGCCCAGGCCGCUAUAAGCAGGCUCCAGCAUACCCGGCCUGGCCCAGGGCAAGCCCUAGCGCUGCGGGCACACGACCUAGCCGGGGAACUACAGGCCACCGGCCGCAGGGUUACCAUAUGCUGGGUGCCAGGCCAUAAAGGGGUCCCAGGCAACGAGGAGGCCGAUAAGGCCGCUAAGAAAGCUGCAGGGAGGCCCUGUACAGGCAAGUACUCAGGCAUCUCACUGGCCCAUGCCCGGCGGGCAUGCACCGAGACUUAUAGCGCUAUCAAGGCCAACUGGCUCACUGCAAAGCUUGCAAGACAAGACGCACCCAACAGUGGCAAGCACCCCCAAGCACCUGCGGCGUAUUACUAUUACCAAUUCAAGACCGGCCACACCCCAAUCGGGGCCUAUCUGCACCGAAUCAAGGCCCGAGACUCCCCUAAUUGCUUGGGGUGCUCUAGGGGGACUGAGACGGUAAGACACCUUCUUACAAACUGUCGACAGUGGUGCCACCAGCGGGAAAAACUAUAUGCCGGCUUGGCCGAAGCGGGGGUAAAGGCCCCGCAGGAUAGCGAGCAGUGCCCCGAAGCACGCCUAUUCCAGGACCCAAAGGCCACUACAGCGCUGCUGGCGUUUAUAGGGGCCAUUAGGGAGCGAGAGGAUAACCAACAGGCCUGGGAGCAGGCCUAUAAGACUGAUAAUUGGGGCAUUGAGGCCCUGGAUGAGGGAGAGCGAGAGGGGGAAGGAUAG